UGACAUGGCAUCUAUCGGGAAUGUGCGUGCCAGCUAAGAACUAACCUCUGCCAACUAGUGCCAAGCCGCCGCCUACAAAACUCGACGACUCCCAAGGCCGUCCCUCAGUAACGAUUCACUUGUUCACUAGCGCCGUCAAGUUUUGUGGAUCACUUCAUCGCAAUGGCUCCAAAUAUACCGUUUGUUAAGUUCAACAACGGUCAGCAGUUUCCGAUUUUUGGACUCGGCACAUGGAAAUCGAAGCCCGGCGAAGUGACGCAGGCUGUGAAAGACGCAAUCGAUGCUGGUUACCGUCACAUCGACUGUGCUCAUGUUUACGGCAACGAAGCCGAAGUCGGCGCUGCCAUUAAGGCAAAGAUUUCGGAAGGGGUCGUUAAGCGAGAGGAUUUGUACAUCACUAGCAAGUUGUGGAAUACUUUCCACCGACCCGAUCUCGUAGAACCUGCCAUUAAGACCACACUAAAGAACUUAGGAUUGGAACAGUUGGACCUGUAUUUGAUUCACUGGCCACAUGGAUUCAAGGAAGGAGGUGCCUUGUUCCCGGAGAAGGACGGCAAGACUGAGUUCAGUGACGUGGACUACGUUGACACGUGGAAGGCCAUGGAGCAACUCGUGAAGAAGGGACUGACCAAGUCGAUUGGCAUCUCCAACUUCAACCACGAGCAGAUCAACCGCCUCCUGGAGUCGGCAGAGAUCAAACCCGUCACCAACCAGGUCGAGGUGCAUCCCUACCUGAACCAGAGGAAACUGAUCGACUUCUGCAAGAGCAAGGACAUUGUAGUGACGGCAUACAGCCCACUUGGUUCCCCCGAUCGCCCAUGGGCCAAACCGGGAGAUCCACAACUCAUGGAUGACCCUAAACUCAAGCAAGUGGCCCAGAAGUACAACAAGUCACCCGCUCAAAUCCUGUUGAGAUACGAAAUACAACGAGGGCUUAUCACCAUUCCAAAAUCUGUGACGAAAUCUCGCAUUGUGCAGAAUAUCGAAAUCUUCGAUUUCGAGUUGUCUGCUGACGAUGUGAAAUAUAUCGAUUCCUUUGAUUGCAACGGUCGCGUCUGUCCUGUUUCGAAUGCAAAGGAACACAAGUAUUAUCCUUUCAACAUUGAAUUCUGAAGUACCAACUCUCUUUUUUACUGCAUGAAACAUUUGUGUAAGACACAAGCUAGCACAUGUUUGUGAGAAGUGCUUUUAUCCAAGAUAAUGUUCUAUUUAUGUUUUAUAAUGUAAAUCUUUGAAAAAAAAAGUAUUCUUGAACCUUUGUGUUAUUAUUUAUUUCUGAGAAUAAAAUGAUUGAAAAAUUGCUCCAAUAUUACACCCUAAAGUGAAUACAAAAUAAUCGUAAAACGGCGAUGAAAUUAUUAAAUGACCUAGUCUUGCCCAAAAUGUUUUGCUCGAUUAAAAAUCUCAAAAUUACUUUCCUCAUAUCUAUCAUUGUAUUUGAAAUACUAGCUGGAUUGAAGUUAACUGUUGCUCACACUGUCCGAAAGUUCUGCAUGAAAUCUUUGCAACAAAUGUACAUUUCAUUUAAGUAAUUAUCGUGAACACACAUUUAAUUUAAGGUACACAUGUACAUUAGAAUGCAAGAAUCUAAGCUUUAUGGUCGUAUGUGAAAUGAAUGAAUGUAAGUAUGGAUGAUCUUUAUGUACUGGUGAUUGUGAAUAUAUGACAUGAAUAAUAAUGAGACAUAAUCAGAGCAAUGCUGGGGCUAGGAAUGGGCAGACCAUAGAGAAGUACACGUAUUUGUACUUCAUGAUGCAGAUUAGGCGAUCACCCUGGGACCCGCAAGUCAAGGGCUCCAUGUGGGAUUGAUGGAACAAAAAUAAUAAAAAAAAUUGAAAAAGAAAUUAGAACUCGAGAAAAUUGUUAUCGUAAUUUAUAAGUCACGG